AUGUCAGCCCAGAUCAAGUCCGAGGCCAGGGCCAUCCAAGGCGAAGUUGCUUCUGUACCUCCAAAGGAUGUGAUCACGAAUGCUGCUGGAGCGAAUCCGACCGCUACCCUCGUCCAGGCGGCCAAGUCCAAGGCGCCAGGAUUUCAGAGGUGCGGCUACUGCGGCCAACCGGGUCGCAAGCGGAACGGGUGUUCGUGCACAGGAGGCCAGACUCACAAGUGUCUGCUGGAGGACCCCGGGUACCCGUCGCUAAACUUCGCGCAGAACUACCGUCCACCUCGUCGGAAGAACGACCAGCCACAAGCGGGCCUCCCCGAGUACACGAUUCCCAAGUCGGCGAGCCCCGAGGUCAGUCGGCUGUGCAGGUCCGAGGUGAUCUACAUGAGGUGGAGGCGGAUGCUGUCCAAGGUCCUGAAGAAACUGGCGAACGAUCCGCCCUCGGAAUCCUUCGAGAUGCUGGACGACUCACCCGAGAAGGAGAUGGCGGUCGACCAGUACGACCUGGACUACACGAAGGAGAUUGGCGACGAUGUCAACUUCCUGUCCCGCAACGGCCGCUACGACUUGCUCGAGGUCUGCACGCCUCCGAUGUCCCGUCUCUCCCAGGCGGUGCUCGACCUAGGUGGAGCCGCCUUCCGAGCUGGGGUACACAACGGGUUCGACCUGGCGACGAAGACGGGAAUCGACCUGGAGCAGCCGCAGAGAUCCCAUAGCUGGGGACGUUCGGAGGCCCUGAAGCGAAUUUGGGAGCAGACCUACGAGACGCUGGUGACUGGCUGUGCUUACGGCCUUCGCUGCCCCCGCAGCGGCCUCCUCCUGCCCAAGGUCUGGAGGAUCUGCUCCACCGACCCCGAGCUGCAGAAGGCCAUAGGCAAACGCUGCAGCAAUCGCCGUGGUCGGCAUGACAACCACGAGCACGGUGAGAUCAUCGGAGGAAAGGUGGUAGCGGCUACAGCGUUCUACCCUGAGGCGCUGUGCAAGGCCUGGGCGAAGCACGCUCUGCGUGCGGGAGGUGGUACUACAGCUGGAACCUCAGCCCUCUUGGCGACGGACCAGGAUACUGACGACGGCAUCUUUGAGGGCAUUGAUGCAGACGGCGACCAGGAGAUGGAGGACCAGCAGGUGUCAGACGAGGAGCUCGACGAGAAUGACCUCAGGGAGCUCUCCAAGGACGGCAGCACGCUGAGCACCAAGGAGGCCCAGGAGAUAGAGCACCGUCUCAGCCGACUUCAUCGCAAUCUGGGCCACCCCAGCGUGCGCACCAUGUUCAAGAUUCUCAAGAACUCAGGCGCGAGCAUCCAGGCCGUCAGAACAGCUGCUGGCAUGGACAUUCCCGAGGCCUUCGAAGUAAUGGGGAGCGAUGGUCUCGAGUGGACCGACCCUGUUGACGACACGACCUACCUGUUCACGCUGAACCUCGACGAGAAGGCUGGACUCACGCAGGUCUUCAACCACGGCGACAAGUCCCAGAGGUCCGGCAACCGAUCAGCAUCGAUGUUCAUCGCUCCUGGCGAAGCGCACUGGCUCAUGGGCAAGGUUGAGCGCCGGAUCCAGUUGUUCAAGCGGACUCUUACUAAGUUCAGGAACCAGAAUCACGACUGCAACAUCGACGAGGCCAUCAGCCAUAUCAUACAUGCGAUCAACGAUCUUGACAAGGUCGGGAACCAUUCCCCCUUCGCACAUGCCUUCGGUACUGGCGGCCAUCGGGGCUCGGGCAACCCCUUUGCCAUCGUGGACGACAGCCACGGAGAGUCCCGGGAGCAGAGGCGACUUUUGGCACGUCAGGGCUUCAUAGAGGUGGCCGAGCGAAUGGUCGUGGAGCUCAACAACAUGGAGGGACGCGGGGCUACCAUGUCCGACUUGAUGGAGGUCGCCCGCCGCGGAACGUUCGAGGAUCUCACCAACGAGAGCCGACCACACAUCCAGAACUUCGAACCACAGGCGAUCCAGCCGCCCGUGUCACCCGAGGGCAAGCCAACAGUCGAAGACCACGAUGAGGAACUUUUCUCUCGGACCACCUUCGACGGGAACCGGGGCGGCAGCGACUUCGAGCUGAUCGACGAGAACAUGAUGGUCUACUACGAGAUGGUCAAGUCCGAACUUGCGGACAGUCAGGGCGGACGCCGUCUCACCUCUCAGAUGUUGGACUGUUUCGUUGCCAACCAGAAGCGGAAAGAUAAGAUCGAGUUUCACUGGGGAAAGCUUUCCCCCUCCGAGAAGACGGAGUUCCGCCAAGCCAUGACGAAAGAGGUCGCCAACUGGAAGCAGCACACAGGUCUCCGACGCGUACCCGUCUCCGAGGUCAAGGAUCCCGCGGACGUGAUCAGGUGCCGCUGGGUGCUGACGCGCAAGAGCGAUGGGACCGCAAAGGCGCGCCUCGUCCUCCUCGGCUACCAGACCAAGGACAUCGGACAGGAGCCGACUGCUUCCCCAACGGCCUCGCGCCGCGCCCGGAAUCUGCUCCUCACGGUCGCGGCCGCCAACUCCUGGACCAUCGUCAAGGGCGACGUGACCAGCGCGCUCCUGCAGGCGAACGACCUAGAGAAGGAUCUCUUCGUGGAAGCCGACGAGGCGCUGUCCGCCGAGUCUGGCGUUCGAUCUGGUCAAGUGCUACGCGUGGUGAAGCCGGGCUACGGCAUCGGCGAGGCUCCUCGCAAAUGGCGGCAGACGGUGAAGCAGGACUUCGCCAAGCUGGGAUUACAGGCGUGCGAUCUCGAACCAUGCCUGUGGAGUCUACGCUGUCCUGAAACCAAGACGCUGCUGGGGCUCAUCAUGUGCCACGUGGAUGACUUCAUCCUUUGCGGUGCCCGAGAACAUCCUGCAUGGCGGAAGGCGCUGAAGAGCAUCAAGGACCUCUACACGUGGGGCACCUGGGAGGACAUGGACGACGAGAUCGACUCCAUCGAGCAGUGUGGGGUGACGAUCGAGAAGAACGAGAAGGGUUUCUUCCAACACCAGCAGAACUAUAUUGACAAGCUGAAGGAGAUCUUUCCAAAGUACCCGAAGGCCAAGGGCAGCGACCGAUUGACCGAGGCGGACCAGAGUACCUUGAGAACUUGGUGUGGAGCUCUCUCGUGGCUCGGAGUCAAUACACUUCCCUGGGUUUCCGCAUGGGUUGCAGAUGUUCAAAGCAAGAUCCCCAAUGGUGACUACAAGCUCUUUUCGAUAGCGAACAACAUCACCAAGAUGGUCAAGGCCAAUCGGACUGACGGUAUUCAGUUCUUUCGCCACCAACUGCCAGGGUGCGGACGAGGUGGCUCCUCCGAUUUUCGUAUCUACACCUGGUGCGACGCUGCCUGGGCCAGCCGACCUGACGGACAUUCCCAAGGCGGUCACGUUACAGCUCUCAGCUCAGCAGAAGGACCGUUUCAGGAGGCAUGCGACUUCACUGUCUUAGACUGGGGAUCUCGCAAGCUCAAGCGUGUCGCCAGGUCCAGCCUGUCUGCGGAGAUCCAGGAGGCCAGCGAUGCGGAGGGCGAGCAGAUGAUGGUUCGCCUGGUGCUCUACGAGGUGCUCUUCGGGUCGGUCGACCUCCAGAAUCGUGCUGCUGCUCUGCUUCACAUUCCAGGAGCUCUCGUGACUGAUUGUAAGGCGUUCUACGACGGGGUGGUGAAGUCCGAGUCGGCCGGCUUGGGCCUCGACGAGAGGAGGACGGCCAUAGAGGCGCUCGCCUUGCGACGGGCCCUCGAGGAGGGCAAGACAAUUGCGCGCUGGGUACAUAGCCAUGCCCAGCUGGCCGACGGCAUGACCAAAGCCAGCCAGCAGGCCUUCAAUGUGCUCCAUGCUUUCCUGAAGAGCCAGCGGUGGAAGAUCGUUCACGAUGAGAGGUUUCUUUCGGCUCGCAAACGGUCUGCCCUUGGUAAAGGGAUCUUCGACGAGACGACGGAGACCGACCACAGCGAGGCCAAGAAGAUCCUGGAAGGCCGGAGGCGGGUCCAGCCCGCGACUCGCGAC